AUGUCUCAGCAAGACGACAUUCCCAGCAUUGAUGAGACGGUAUUCAGCGUAUUCACGGAGCGGGACACAGAUGUUUUGUCAUACUUUGAGAACAGCGAGCGUUUGGAAGCAACAAUGGUCAUCAUGACGAAAGUUUUCGAAUGGUUGGCUGCGGUCAGCCAAUUCAAGAAUGCCAAAGGUGCUGAGCUUGCUCAAUUGAGCAACUUGUUCGCUCUGGAACUGGCCAAUGUGACGUGUGGACUGCUAGGGCGCGAGGUUAUCAGGUUGCAUGAAACCCUGCCGAGAUCGAUAGGGUUCGAAGACAACAGAAACAAACUUUUGGUUGUACAUCUGUUCUUGAAGGCUAUGCCGGAAGCUAUCAAGGUCAGCAUUGAAGACACUGCUCGCAGAGUGAAGAAUUCAUACAGGCGUCUCGCGAACGAGGACAUCCGCAAGCUGCAGGCACACUUCCAAGAGAGAGAGCAUUGGGGGGCCUGGACUUCCAGAAAGAAUCAAUCUGAACGCGAGCAAGUUUUGAUCGAAGUUUCAGCACGCGAUCAACGAAGCAAGAUGGAUCAGGCAGACACCAAUAGCACGGCACUCAUGUCGAGCUCGAUCGUAGCAACAAGCGGUCUGGGAUCGUUCGAGAGCGAAGACAUUUUCGUGUCGAUUGAUGUACUUCCCAAGCAGAAUACGAUUCGGAGUAUCCUUACCGAAGCAGUGACGGCGGGCGCGACAGGUUCGCUCUCGGUUAUGUGCUUGAGGCUUGUCCAGACGAAUGCAAUGUUAUCGUUGCAUAGGGCCACCUCGCUGCCACCACGCGAAGGAUUCGACAAUGGCUGUUCAACGUGGAUUACCGGCUUCUCCCUCAUCGUCCGCUGGAGAGUAGCUAUGAGACGAUCCACGACUUGUUUGUGGUGGAACUGA